AUGAUAAUAUUUAUUGUUAUUGCUUAAAUUAGUGCUUAAUGCAAUCAUCCAAUAUUUUGUUAAGGUAGUCUAUUACAUACAGUUUAAACAUAAAAGAUAUUCAAUGAUGGUAAAACUUUUGUAGAUAUGACUAUGAAAGAGAAAUAAACAAAUAUUUUAGAUGUUUGGAAAACUAUUGAUGUUAAAAAUAAGACAUCUGUGGUAUAAUUUAUUUCUGAUUAUUUCAAUGAAACUGGUAAUGAUUUAGAAUCUGUAAUACCGAAUGAUUACAAAGAGAAACCAGAUUAUAUUAAUAAUAUUAAGAUUAAAGAAUUAUAAGAUUGGAGUUUGGAGAUUAAUAAAAUAUGGUUGGAAUUGUGUAAAUAAUUUAAGAAAGGAAUAGAAGAUUCUUCAUCAAUGAUAUAUGUACCUAAUCCAUUUUUUAUACCUGGAGGAAGAUUUAGAGAAUUUUAUUAUUGGGAUACAAUGUGGGUUAUAGAUGGAUUAAUUAUAUCUAAAAUGUUUGAUAGUGCUAUUAAAAUGUAAGAGAAUUUUGUAUUUAUAAUUAAUAAAUUUGGUUAUAUACCUAAUGGAGCUAGAAUUUAUUAUCAAGGUAGAACUUAACCUCCAGUUCUUGCUUAAAUUACAUACAAUAUUUAUUAAGCAUUAAUUAAAGACGGAUAAGAGGAAAGAGCUAAAUAGUUGAUUAAUAAAUCAUUUUAAGCAGUUGAAAAAGAAUUUCAAUAUUUUUAUGAACAUAGAUCAAUUAGAGCAUGUUUAAUAUUUAAAAAUGUUUAUUGUGAUGUUAUGCUAUAUCAUUAUGAUUCAGAUAUUUAUUAUCCAAGACCAGAAUCUUAUAAUGAAGAUAUAAAUAUUGGACAUGCAAAUACUUAAAUGUAUCAUGAAAUAACAUCUGGAGCUGAAAGUGGUUGGGAUUUCUCUACUAGAUGGUUUGAGGAUUAAUCAUCUUUAGAAUCUAUAUAAACUUCUUAGGUUUUAGCAGUUGAUUUAAAUACUUUUAUGGUAAUUAAUAUUAAAAGAUUAUCUACAUUCUCAAAGAUUUUAGGAUUAUAAGCAAAAUAAACCUUUUACGAAACUUUAGGUAAAAAUACUGAAGAAAUUCUUUUAGAAAAAUUCUACAAUAAAGAAAGUUAUUAAUGGAAUGAUUACAAUUAUAAAUAAAAGAAUUUUAAUAAGAAUUUUUAUGCUUCUAACUAUUUCCCAUUAAUUUUACAAUAAUAAUCAGAUAGUAAACUAAUAGAUAAAUUAAAAUAAAUGAUAUAAGAAUAUCCUGGAGGAAUACCUACUUCAAAUAUUAAUACAGGAUAAUAAUGGGAUUUACCAAAUUCAUGGCCUCCUCUUAAUCAAAUAAUAAUUUAAGGAUUAAUAAACAAUGAUUAAAUAGAACUGGCUUUAUAAUUAUCAUAAAAUGUUAUUAACAAUUCUUAUUGUUGUUUUUAAAACUCUAUUAUUUAAUAUGGAAAAGGAUACAUGUUUGAGAAAUAUGAUGCUACAAAUAUAGGAACAUCUGGAGGAGGUGGAGAAUAUGAAGUAUAAACUGGAUUUGGAUGGACCAAUGGGGUGGUUAUUUGGAUAUUAAAUACGUUUGGAUAAUAAUUAAUUUUACCAACAUGUCCAUAAUAGAUAUGAAUUAUAAGAAAAAGAAAU